AUGUCCACCGCGGACAGCGCUCCAACAGGGGACGCGUUGAAUCUACCACCUUCCGCCGUACGCGAUGUCCUUCGCGUGUGUCUUAGUGCCAAAGAAUACCGUUACCUCCACGAAUCGGUACUCAAGCGUGCCCCUGCCGUCCAGAACAAGCUUCCAACUCCAUCUCGUUACGAUGUCAUCGCUCGCUCGAAGAAUCGACAUAGCGAUGCUGCUGUUCGCUCCUCGUUGCGGGUUUUUGUCGGCUCCGGAAUCGCGUUGAAGUUGGCCGAUCUGCUGAUUACUCGAUUCCAAGGCGGCGCUCCACAGAAGAAAACUCGCACCCCUCUGCUCCGGUCACCUAAAUUCCGUCUCUCGAUCUCCCUAUCCCUCCUCCUUCUCAUCCAUCGUCUCCUGUACCGCUUUCUUGUCCGACUGCGAGCCAAUCUCCGUACCGACGAUGCACAGCCGUUCAGAGAGCGCAACCCGCGCAUUUCGCAGGCGCUGACUUCACGCUAUGCGCCUGCGAUCGGCGCAAGUCUGGCAGGCUUCGCCCUCGGCAUCUGCCCUCAAGACCAACUCCGCUUGACUGCGGCGAUUUACACAGGCACCAGGAGCUUGGAGUUCUUGUUCAAUGUUUUGGACUCCAAAGGCUGGUUGGAUAGGCGCCCAUGGUGGUUUGGCAGCUGGCUGCUGAUGCCCAUCUCGUUUGCGCAGCUCUUCCAUGCUUUCGUGUUCGAUCGCGAGACUACGCCCGGUUGGUUCGGAAAAGUCAUUCUCAAGCUCUCGCCGAGCUACAUUCAAGGCCGGCCGGAGGCGCUCCCGGCCAACAUCGCUUGGCCCGAGCAGGAAGAGAUUGUGAACUCCCUUGCCUCUAUUGCUGAUCUCCGAUGGCCCGCAUUUGUUUCGCCGAUCCUACACCCUGGCAACCUCAAUACCUUGCCAUCAGCAGUGUCUUCCAUCUCCCCAAUCACUGGACCAGCACACCCUGCAAUUUCGAGUCUAUCAUGCGCUCUUUUGCAUCCAAACCUGCCGAACUGUAGCACGGCGUUCUUGCACCAUAUCCUCCUCUCCGUGCCGCUGCUUGCUCGGUUCCUGACAGCCGUGACUCUAGCACUCUCGAUUCCCAAACUCAAGAGCAUCCUGCUUCAGCCUCUGUCAUCGUUGAACACAAUGUCGAAGCGUAUCAUCACUAUGACAGCUAUUCUCUCAACUGCAACUGGCUCAGCCUGGGGCAGUGUUUGUCUCUUCAACCAGUAUUUACCCCGUUCAACGCUUCCCACCAAGCGUUUCUUCCUCAGCGGAGCACUGGGCGGUCUGCCAUUCUUGUUCCUGGGCAAUAGCCGCAGCACAUUUACCUGGGUCUUCCGGGCCGCUGUUGACUCUGCCUACAAGACCGGGGUCAAGCGUGGACUCUGGAAGGGCCGAAAGAGCGGUGAACUCUUGCUGAUCGUCUUAUCCUGGGCUCUGAUGGGAUCAAUCCUUGAGACCAACCCUGAGGCCGUGCAGGGAGGUGGACUGCGCAAAGGCUUGGCCUGGCUGAGAGGUGACGGAUUUGCGGAUCCGGUGGAGACUGCGAAGCGCAAGCAGCGUCGAGAAUCGAAGAAGACCGACGGAAAUGAGCGAGUCGAUUAG